AUGUCAUCUAUAACAAUUCCAAUGAUAACAUAAGCUCAUCGUCUUUAAAAGGACAGUACCUUAAAUUUUAAGACAAAGUUGUAGAGAUCCCUUAGAUUAUCUGAGAAAUAUCAUUGCAAUAUUCAUUUGAAGAGAGAAGAUUAAUAACAAAUCAGAGUAUUUAAGAUGAGAGGUGCAUUCAAUUCUUUUAUGAGUUUAAGUCAAGAACAGAAAACAAAAGGCUUAGUUACAGUAAGUGAUGGUAAUUUUGCAGAGGCAUUUGCUUUCUUUUGCAAUCAUUUCAAAAUUAAAGGUACAUCAAUUAUAUUAAAAGGUAGGAACUGUUUUUUUGCCAGAAGUAUGUUUUCAAUGGAAAAUAGAAAUAAUUUAGAAGUAUGGGAAGGAUUAUGUUGAAAUAAGAAGUGUUGGAGAAUCAUUUGAUGAAGCUGAAGCUGCAGCUUAAGAAUAUAUAAAAUAGUAUGAUAAAAUAAUGAUACAUCCAUGUGAUAAUGUUAAAGCAAUCAUAGGAAAUGCAACAAUUGUAUUAUAUAAUUAAUUAUUUUAAAGGGCAUAGAAAUAAUAGAAGAUUUUCCAGGAGAGGUUGAUUAUGUUUUUGUACCAGUUGGAGCAGGAGCAUUGGCAGCUGGAAUAGCAACUUACUUUAAAGCACUGUCUCCAAAUACAAAAAUAAUUGGUGUUUAACCUGAUGGAGCAGCAUCUAUGAAAGCAUCUUUUGAUGCUAAUAAAAUUGUGACAAUAGAUAGUAUGUCUAGAUUUUGUGAUGGAUCUGCUGUAAAAACAGUUCCUAAAAUAACAUUUGAUAUUUGUUAACAUAAUUUAGAUGGUUUAGCAGUAGUACCUGAAGGAAAAGUAAGUUCAACCAUUCUUGAAUUAUAUAAUUAAGGAAUAGCAGUAGAACCAGCAGGAGUAAUAUUAUUAUAAAUAACUUUUAGGCAUUAGCAGUGUCUGUUUUAGAUUAAUAUGCAUCAGAAAUAAAAGAUAAAAAUGUUGUCUGUUUAAUAUCAGGAGGAACAGUGGAUCUUUCAAGAUUUGAUGAAUUUAAAGAGCAUUCUUAAUUAUUUGAAGGAUUGAAAUACUUCUUUUUGAUUUAAAUUCCAUUCAGACCUGGUAUUCUUAAGAGCUUUGUUAGUUUGUAAUUAUAAAUAACUAAUAUUAGAUGUUUAGGACCAGAUGAUGAAAUUAGUCAUAUUCAAUUUUAGAAAAAAGCUAAUAGAGAAAGGGGACCAUGUUUGGUAGCAAUAGAAGUAGCUAAAAAGGAGAAUAUAAAAAAGGUUAUGGAGAACAUGACUAAAAUGCAUUUAUAAUAUGAAGUUGUAAAUGAUUCAAAAGAGUUGUUUGAUUUAUUGGUUUGAUAAAUUAUAAUAUUAACGUAUAUAAAAUAUGUCUGUUAUAUUCGAUUAGUUGGAUGUAUGCUUAUUAAUAAAUACUUUAGAAUAUCUAAUCACUUAGAUUUAGAUUUACUUAAGCAAUCAAGUUAGGAGUCUCUCUAUAUUACAUUGAAAAUUGUACAUUAAAAAGACUUGUAGUUACUGAUAAUUAAAUUGCAUCAUAUAAUGACUCUGAGGUUAUAAAUGUUUUAUAAAACGUAUCACAGAUAUGUUCUGAUAGUAAAACUUUGUUUUGUUUACAAAGUAUAAAAUAAUCUUAAUUUUUAAGGUAAUGGUGAUCUAUAUUAAAUUGACUAACAACCAAAAUUAUUAGUCUCUGGAAAGAACUACAUGAGCAUUACACCAACAACUGCUAUUGAUCAUUCUGGUAGAGGAUUCUUUUGGAAAAAUAAUAAACCUAUCUAUUCUCAUUGUAAACAUAUAAGUACAUAUCAGGACAAAAUGACAUUGAUUACAAGUAUAAUUUUAAUUGAUUAAUUAAGUUGGUGGAAAGAUUUUUAAUAUUGAGAAUGGUACUCAAAUUCCAAUUUAAUAAUUAAAUGGUUUAGGAGUUAAUGGAUAUUUUAAGAAAUCAUUAUUAUUUUAAUUUGGUGGUAUUGCUAUUACAGAAAAUGGUGAUGUUUAUUGUUAUAAUACUAAAAUGAUUAAACUAAAAACUACAAAUCUUGAGGAUAUUUAAGCAAGCAAUAGAUUUAUUUUUGGAAUUUAAGGAAAAUAUAUUUUGUAAUGGAAUUUAGAAGAUUUUCAAAAUCAUUAAUUUUUUGUUAAUUAGACUUUAUUUAAAAAAAUGAAUUAUGGUCAUGAAAUAUAAAUUAAUUGUAAAAAGAAAGAAUUUUAAGAGGUUAAAUUUAUAUUUUCAGAUUAAUUCUCUUAAUUUUGUUGUGCAUCUAUUCAAUCAAUAUCUAAGUCAAAUUAGAAUGAAUAAUCUAUAUCUGUAAUAGAAAGGACUUUUUGUAGAAGUACUGUUUAAAACUUAAAAUAAUAAUUAUUUGAUUAAUGGGAUCCACCUUCUAAAAAGAAAGCUUAAGAAGUCAGAUAAAGCAAAUAUCUUAGAGGAGAAAGAACAGAAAGAUCAGAAACAAGUAAUAGAUAAACAGAUAGAAUUGAUAGAAAAGAUGAUGUUUCUACAUUAUCAUAAGAAUAAAGAUAGAGAUAAUAAAAUAAUAAUAUUCUUGAUGCUUUAUUUGAUAAAACUAAUAAAUAGGAUAAUAUAGUUUAAUAAUAAGUAGAAAAACAAAAAGAAAUAUAAAUUAAUCCAAAUUUCAAUUUCAAAAAUAGUUUAUAAAAAAAAUCUGAAAUCUUUGCACCUCUAGAAAUUUCAAAAUUAAAUUUAAAUGAUAAAACAUAACAAGGAGAUACUUAAACAAUUAACAAUUAAACUAAUUAACAAAAUUAACCAUAAUAAUUGUAAAUAUCAUAAUAACAAUAAUAAAAGUCCGAACCAUAAUUAGUUUAAUAAUAAUAAUAAUAAUAAAUAGAUAUAUAAGAAAAUAAGAAAAAUAUUAAGACUGAAUAAUAAUAAAAAUUAUUAAAUGAAUAGAAAAUAGAAUAAUUAGAAUAAAAAUAAAAAUUAGAGUAAGAAUAACAAUAAAUCUAUUAAUAAAAAAUGAAACAAGAAUAGCAAUACAAAUAGGAAUAAUAAUUGAAAUAAUAAUAAAAAUUAGAAUAAUAAUAAAAACUAGAGUAAUAAUAAUUAGAAUAAUAAUAAUAAAAAUUAGAAUAAUAAUAAUAAUAAUAAUAAAAAUUAGAAUAAUAAUAAAGACUGGAAUAAUAAUAAAGACUAGAAUAACAAUAAAAAUUAGAAUAACAAUAAAAAUUAGAAUAACAAUAAAGACUAGAAUAAUAAUAAAAAUUAGAAUAAUAAUAAAAAUUAGAAAAAUAAUAAAAAGCUGAGGAAUAAUAAAAAUUAAAAUAAUAGUAAUAAUUAAAUUCUAUUAAUAUGCCAAAAUAAUGUUCAGAGGAAAUAAAAUAACCUUCAAAAUUAUUAGAAUAAUAUAAAAAAUAAUUUGAUUAAAUCUUGAAAUCAAGUUAUGAAUAAAUCAUAGAUUAAUCUACUGAGCAUUCAAAAGAAACAGAAGAUCUUUCAACCAUCAAACAUAUUAAUCAAGAAAAUAUUUAUUUCUAAUAAAAUACUAUAAGUCAAAAAUUAUAAUCAAUUAGAGAAAUUUAUGAUCAACCAAAAUUUAAAACAUAAAAUAACAGCUUGUAUACAUUAGAUGAGGAAAAUUCAAUUGAAUAAAGUAUGUGUUAAGAGGAAGAUGAUAAAGGGAGAUUUUAAUUGAAAAGAUAAGCAUUUUUAAUUUAAGAUAUCUUUAAUAAUAAGGUUGAUACUUAAUUAGGAUAAAAUAAAUAAGAAUCUUUAAAACAAUAAUUUUUAUCCAAAGAAUUUUAAUCCCCUACAUUAUCUUAAGAUAAUUCAAUAUAAUUCACAUAAAUUUCUGUAGCAGAAUUACAAUUACCUCCUAUUUAAUCUUCAUUAAAUACUUUCUUUAGUAAAUUGUAAUUAAAACCAGAAAAAUCCAUAGAUUAAGUUCUCAAAUCAUAAACAUAAAAAGAAUAGAUAUCUGAAGAUAUUCCAUAAUUGAAUUCAACUGAAUAAACAUCUCAAAUGGAGAUUAAAUAAACAAAAAUAAUAAAGUCAUUCUUAAAGCCAGAAUAAUAUUAAAAAUAAAAGAAUGCUGUAGAAAUAAUGGAUUAAUAAUCAGCUAUUGAUUAUUAAAAUAACAGUGACUUUAUUGAUUAAUAAUAAGAUAGUUUUAUGUAGAUUUUACAAACAGAAAAAAAAUAAUAAGAAAACAAUAAAAUUUAACAUAUUUUAUCAAUUUUUGAUUAAAUUCAAAUAUAACCAAAAAGAAAAAGUCCUCCUAAAAUGAAUUUAUUCAAAAAACAAGACUAAGAAAAUAAAAUAAAAAAAAUUGAUAUAAUAUCUGAUUCAGAUGGAUAAUUAGAUGAGAAUUUAACUGAAAUAAAAAAUAUACUUAAAGAGAAAAAUGAUCAAAUAAUAGAAAAAAAAUAAUCACCUAAAAAAACUAAUACAAAAUUGCAUAAAACUUUAGUUACAUUUUCUGAAGAUAUUUCAUAAGUAGAGGUAGAAGAUAGAGUUAUGCAAAUUGUUAAAGUAGACUAAAAUUUAUAAACUAUAUAUCCUAAGCAUUCUCCUAUAAAAUCUAAAUCUCCAUUAAAAGAUAAUAAUAUUUCAUCUAGCAAAAAUCAUUCACUCUAAUUAAGUGAAUAGAAAAUAUUGACUAAGAUUAGUUUAAAUGCAGAUGUCAAAUAACCUAAUUUUGACACUAAAAUUUCAUCUAUUCAACCUGAAAAAAAAUAAACAUCAUUACAUGUAAGAGUUCAAACCUUAAAUUGUAAUGCUAUUAGACCAGAAAAAAUAUUUACUCCAUUAAGAAGCAGGAGAAAUAGUACUGCAAGAGGUUCAAGUGUUGAAACUACUAGAUUUAAAUAAUUGUAGAUUGAAACUUAAAUAGUUGUUCCUGAUGAAUAGAAUUAAACUCCUUAAAUAAAUAAUUUUGAAGCAUUGGAUUUAAGUAAUGCCAUGUAUCAUAUUAAUCAAACAUUAAUUGAGGACUCUGCUAAGCAUACACCAGUUGCUUAAGUUCAUAAUGUUCUUAAUAUAAAUUAGUAAUCCAAUUAAAAAAUUCUUAAGGAACCUCAAUUAAUUAGAGUUUCUUCAACCUCUUAAAUACCACCUUCUCUAAGAACUAAUAGUGUAGGACCAAUUAAUAAAAAAACAGAAGUAUCUCCUAUGAAGGUUUAAAAAUAAGUAAAAAAUGUCUCAUCUUCUAAGAGUGUAAAUGAUGAAACUAUCAAAUUAAAAUAACGAUAAUAAGAUAUCAUUUUAAGGAAAUUAUUCUUUAGAUUAGAUAUCCAUGUUAAACUUAUGAAAUUGGAAUUUAUGUUUAAUCUGAAGCAGAAAACUAGAAAAUGA